AUGGGUAUUGAAGUGUCAGAACAUCGGCCUGACUCAGAGGGCAGCGAGAAGAAGAAGGCAAAGUUAGACUCCAUCAAUCGUUCAGACUCGUCAGAUCGCAGAGUCAGUACACCUGCUGCACCACCGACUCCACCCCGCAUCACAAGUAAUGAACAGCGAAAUUCCAUCACGCCAUCAUACGGUGUUACUCCUGCUCCGGCUCUGUCCUUUGUGAACCCUCUCAUCAAUGAUCACCCCCCAAUCACAUCCACUCUGCCUGCAGUCAACUCACUUCAGGAGCCGACGCUAAAUUAUCCUUCCGAUAUACCCGUGCACGAUCCUCUGGAAGAUUGGAUGCAGCCUACAACAUCACUCGCACAGCCCUCUACGUCAGCAGCAGGCAAACAAGAUACAAGAUUCGAAGAGACCAAUCCAUCACCGACCGCCGAACCCAGUCAUGGCACACUGGUAAUAUCGCACACCGGAAGCUCAAAAUAUUUAGGCCCCUCGGCCGCUAGUGAAUGGCUCAAGGAUGCUGAAGUGCUUGAAGCCAAUGAAACACCAGGCUACUCCCGCGCCGCAUCUCCUUCUCAGCCUGCUACAACUGCUCCACUUCGUCCCCAUCUUGGUAUUCCCUUCGCUGGCCAUCUUGGUGCGCACCCUGCUAUAACGUUCCACUCCCUCGCAUCUGCGUUGCCGUCCUAUGAAGAGGCUGAAGCGUUGAUAGACUGUUAUUACCGAUACUUUGGCUGGUCCUACGAGAUUGUCUCUCGAGUUAGCACGAAAAGAGUUGUUGAGAAUGUCUACAGGUAUAUAACGGGGCCGAAUCAAGAAUUUCGUCAUACUAAGAUCCAAUACCAGGAGCUAGGUUUACUUUUCAUUGUACUCGCGAUGGGUGCCUUGCACAAUCUAGAAUUGCGACCAGAUGAUGCCUCGGCUGCGGAAUAUAUGCUUUGCUCGGAGGACUGUUUGACCAAAGGAAACUUCAUGACCAACAACACAGUUGCUGGUGUGCAGACGGUCAUCAUCAUGGCUCAUUAUCACCUGGAAACCGAUAAAGGACGGAACGGAGACUCUGCUUGGACACUUUGGGGAUUGGCUAUGCGAAUCAUUCAAGCUGAUGGCGAGAAAUGGAAUUUACCUUUGGAGAUCGUCGAGGAGAGGCGUCAUAGGCGCAUAUUUUGGGAAAGCCAUUCGGCGGAAAUCUUUCAGGCCAAUUGUUUCUCCAGACCGUAUACCAUUCCAGCCGAGUUUAUCGACACAAAAUUUCCUUCUGAAAAACCUUCUAUUGGAGUUAGUGCCUUGCAGACAACAUAUCACACCAAAAAGUUCGAACUGGCGCUGAUCGCAAAGUCGGUGCUUCAAGCUGUCUUGAACACAGACGGAUGCUCGUAUCACACCGUAGUCGGAUUAUAUGACAAGCUCCGAGCUUUCGAGAGCUCCAUACCCUUCCAUCUGCGGUGCCGAACGGCUCUUGUUGCCCUACCCUCAUUGUAUCCGGAUGCGAGCUCCGCAGAAGCUGAAAGUCCAGAAGUGAAUAAAAGAGAUCUGAGGCGGACAUUCGAACAAUUCUCCUUGUCAAUGAUAGUCUCGGAAACUAUCGUCAACCUAUACCGGCCAUACUUUAUGCGAGCAUUGAUUGAAUGUCCUGGAGAUCCACUUCGAACACCGUACGGACAGGCUUACCUAUCUGUGGUGGAGCGAAGUAAUGUGAUCAUUCAGAUCGUCUGCGGGUUGUAUGCGCUGCAUCCGAGCGUUACAGCUAGGCAUUGGUGGUGUUGGUACCACGCAUUCAAUUCGGCUGUAUGCCUCGGUACCCUCAUUCUCAUGAGUCCACGGAACGAGCUCGUACCGAUCGCAUUAGGAGCGAUGGAACAAGUCAUUGGCAUUUAUACGGAAGUGUCGCAUAGUCAAGCCGCUCCACGUACAAUACAAAAUCUUCGAUGGCUGCUGCGUUUACGUCAACGAGCUGCAUAUCGUAUGGAACAGUCUCAGACUCAGCAACAGUCACAAGAGCUUCCAGAACCCGACAGUGACACUGAAACCGAUGCUGGUUUGCUGGGAUGGCGUACUAGAUUCAUUGAACGAGCGGCCCGAGGAAACCAGAAGGCCACGUCCAUUUCCACCAGGUCACCAGCCGCAUCUGGUCACACCCCUAACAAAGAUAUUGAAGGCAUUAUCAAGUCGAUUCCGGAAGCGAUCCAGCAGCAUAUCGCAUCGGACUUGCCUGAGCUUGGACCUUUGACUACAUCAAGCUCAGAUUCUCCUUCGUUUCAGACGAAUAGCAUCGACCAGCUGCUACAUCAGUUUUGGGAUCCCAUGAUGUCAUCCCAAGAUAUGAAUGAUUUUGUUGCUUCGUCUAUGUACACCCUCCCCUGA